AAAUAUACUGUGUACAUGACAGUGACGAUCUGUACCCCAGUAUAGCACACCAUUGUGUCUACAGAGUGUGUAUAGCCGUAGAUGCCAAGUAGAGCUUUGUAGGCUUACUCAAUUCGUCAAAAUGAGGAGGGAGAGUAACCCAUGACAGACAGUAUUGGCUAGGGAACAUGGAAAAGGUUUGAGAUGAGCAAAGGGAAGGACCAAAAUAGGCUACCGAAGGGAAAUGAAGUUGUUAUGAGGAAACCCAUGCAAGGCCAACGUUGAUGUCAUGCCACCUCUGGCUAUCCAACUUUUGAAAAAUCCUGUAGGAAUGAGCAGUCCAGCUACGAAUGUCCUGGAUGGAUCCUCCCGUACCCUCUAAUUGGUGUUUUUUGUGAAGGACGUUGGGUUUUGGUGAGGACAGAUUCAAUGAGGGGGUAGUCUAUGUUUUGAAGAAGGCUGCACUUACAAUUCGUAUCAAACCAGCAACUUGCCAGGUUGCUUGUGUUUGAUGAGUUGGUGCAACGUGAUUGAGGACGACAGAACUAGCUCUGUGCACGAUUGCCAGUGGAGUUCUGUUGAUUAGACUUGUCACCUCCUUAUCCUCAUUACAGCGGGCAAGAAUAAUGGCUGAAUGAAUGCAUAUUAAAGAAUUUGGAGUUCUUCUAUUUGCUGGACGUAGAUAAGUAUUUAGUGUUUUAAUUCAUGUGGGACAUUAAAGAAAGUUGGAUGUAAUCUUCUUGGUGUUGUAUGAAGAUCAUAUUGGUUCCUCAAGGAUCUCUAUCAAAUUACAUCAGAGAGAAUUCAUCUGUAUGUGGAUAGCAAUGAUUCCAAGUGAACGAACAGCACUGAACCAUCACUUACUAGAUUUCAAGGAACUUUGCCUACCAGGAAGAUUUUACUGAUUUUGUCACCAGUUUGUUCAGCAUUCUUCACCAGGAUCUGAAUCUUUUCCUGCUAGUUUUAAAAUAUCUUUGCGGAAUUUAAUCAGAAUUGAAGGAGAAAUUGAAUAUCAUAUUAGUUCCUUUCUUGGAUACUCUUAGAUACUUGGAAAUUCUGUAUCAACUCAACAAUCAUCAUGCCAAUUGGAAAAUGGGCAGUUACCUUGAAGAAUCCCUUCAAGAAACUGAAAAUGGAUAUAAAUGUACCAAACAUCAUUGAAGAAUUCUCUUCAGUACAUAUGCUGGCAUUGUGGGGAGUAUGGUGUUGGAUGCGGAAAAAGGAUCGUAUGUCUUUUGAGAAGCAUGGGAAUGGUAUGGCACCAACAUUCUGCAGGCCAGAUGAUCUUGAGGAGCCAGCCAUUCAUAUCAGCAAAUUUGAGAGUCAUGUGAUUGCCAACCAUGCCAAUAGUGAUGGAGGAUUUGCAGCUGAAUAUGAGGAGAUCCAGCGUGUGCCUACAUCAUUCCCAGCAACAUUCAGCACGGACCCUGAAACUAAACACAAAAACAGAUAUACAAACAUUGUAGCAUAUGAUUCAUCGCGUGUGUUGUUACAACCAAUCCCUGGUGUUCCUAACUCAGACUACAUCAAUGCAAAUUAUAUAGAUGGAUUCAACAGGCAAAAGGCAUACAUAGCCACUCAAGGUGCAUUGAAGACUACAUUUGAUGACUUUUGGCGCAUGGUGUGGGAGCAGAAAUCAGUUGUCAUUGUUAUGAUUACAAAGCUAGAGGAAAGAGGAAGGAGGAAAUGUGAUCGUUACUGGCCUGCAAAGGGAACUCCAGAGAGGUACAAUGAAAUAGAAGUCACAUUAGAAUUGAAGGAGAAGUUUGCCAGUUACACACUAAGAACAUUCCUGCUCAAGCAUCGACACAAAAAAACCCAAGAAAAUUUUGCACAUGGUAAGGUACCGGAGAGAAGGGUCUACCACUUCCAUUACACAGACUGGCCUGAUCAUGGCGUCCCUCCCUACACACUCCCAGUGCUGUCCUUCAUCCAGCGUUCAUCGGCUGCUAAUCCUCCGGAUGCUGGACCAAUCAUUGUCCAUUGCAGUGCUGGGGUAGGUAGAACAGGCACUUACAUUGUGAUUGACACCAUGUUAAAACAGAUGCAAGCUGAGGAGAAAGUCAAUGUCUUUGGAUUCCUCAAGAGAAUAAGAACCCAGAGGAAUUACUUGGUACAGACAGAGGAACAAUACGUAUUCAUUCAUGAUGUCCUACUGGAGUGGUUGAGAGCAGGUAAUACAGUAGUUAAAUCAACAGAGCUCAGACAGUACGUGGAUAGAAUGACGUUACCUGAUGAAGUUGGAAGGAUUGUCCUGGAUGAGCAGUUCAAUCUUAUAAUGAAAAUGAAGCCCAGAGAUUACGAGUUCAACAAGGCAAGACAGAGUAAACACAAGAAUAGAGAAAUGGAGCUUAUUCCAGUUGAGAGGAGUCGAGUACCUAUCUCAGGAGUACCUGGUGUGGAUGGUUAUAUCAAUGCUUCAUUCUUACAGGGAUACCGACGUCAGAAUGAGUACAUCGUGACCCAGUAUCCAUCCUUGGACACCAUGGAAGACUUUUGGAAGAUGCUUUGGGAACAUAAUUCUACCACCAUCGUCACCCUGACUGACGAUCAGAAGGUCCAGGUGAAGGAAGAUGAACCUAUCUACUGGCCAACCAAUGUAGAUGAACCCUUGACCCUUGGAGCAUUGACUAUCACACUGUGUGAGGAGGAACACUCUAAUAUCUCCUUUAUUACAAGAGAAUUCUUGGUCCAGUCAUCACAGGAUGAUGAUCAGCUUAAUGUGAGGCAGUAUCACUGUAGCUAUUGGCCAGACUGUUGCUCUCCGCUUCAUACAGCCUUUGAUCUGAUCUAUGCAGUUCAGAAGAGGAAUGAGUUCCUAGAGAGAUCCAACAAGGACACUGUUGGACCCAUCACAGUCCAUGAUAGGAAUGGAGGUUGCCAGGCAGGGACAUUCUGUGCUCUAUCAACCCUACAUCAAGAGAUGGUCCAUGAAGAAGCAGUAGACAUCUAUAAGACAGUCAAACUGUAUGCAGCAAAGAGACCUAAUCUUAUCCCAUCAAAGGAGGACUACUAUUAUCUCUUCAAGGCACUCCAGAGUUGCCAUUCUGCAGAGCUUCAGAUCAGGAGUCUCCGACGUCAGGGAUCACGUAGAGGAAUCUUGGAUGGACCGACCGCACCUAAUGGACGAGAAUGGAACUUUCUCAGGAGCCCAGGACAUGUAGAUCCAGGCAGCAUGCGACUAUCAGAUUCAGUGCGUAAUAGCUCAUUGGACAGUGAUGGUUUUUAUCGGACUCGUAGUCAGACCAUGACAAGCGCAGGCCCGCAGCGUCAUGUUAGGCCCUCCAAGUUCUGGCAUCGGCGUACCAAGUCAGAAAAGCGGAAGCCGCUAAACCCACCCAAUGCCAAUGUAACCCGACGCAGCUCUCUAGCCACAACGCCAGGUGACCGCACUCCAAGCGAAUCACUGGGAGAGGUAUAUGAACUGAUCAAUGUAAGAUCCAAGGACUCGGCUCCGAACUCACCAACGAGUGAUGAAGAGUUUGUAUUGGUUAAUGAGAAGGGCAUGACCUCUGGGGAUCCUUUGGUCUCAUCUGAAAUCCAUGACUCAUCAGGAGAGGUCUCAAAUGGGAACAUUGAAGGGACAGAAGAGAAGGCAUUGAGAGGAAAGUCAAAGGAAACAGCGUACAGGCCGGUCUCUCAAUUAUGCGAUGAUGACAGGGAAUGUAUGGAUGUUGAUGGUGAUGAUGAUGGAGACGAUGACAUUCCUGCUAAUGAGUGUACACUCAAUGAGGAUUUGGACAACUUGAACAUGAAUGGUGAGAUGGUAAACUUGAAUGUGAAUGGUGCUAUAGACCUGUAUGAUGAGCCACAGGAUGUAGACAUGGACACAAACAUUUCAGAAUUCAAUGGAGAGGUGACCCCUCUUGACCUUCCUACAGAAGUCAUAAGUAAGCUCAGUGAGGAGAGUAAGCAUUAUCACAGUCAAGAAUCUGUAAACAGUGCACAGGAGACUGAACCUUUAAAUGCAGAUUCAUCAUCGUAGAACAUCUUACAGUUUUAACUUUCAGCUUUCAGUUGACUUUAUCACUUGACUUUGUGACACUUGAGAGGUGCCCCUUUGAAGAGAUUCCUUCAAUCAUAGCCAAAGCUGUACUUAGACCAAAUGGGAAAUUCAUUGUCAGUGUUAACACAUUACCAACUCUGAGCUUCAUUGUACAAUUAAAAGUAGCCCUUCUUAAUGGGGCUCUUGUUUAAAUGUCCUCAUUUCUACCACAUAUAUGAAAAGUAAGGUCUAUCCACUUCAUCAUGUGGACUGUGUGUAUGCAGCAUGUCCUCAGUAACUCAACACAAGGUUUCUGAGGGGUAUGUUUUUCUUAACAUACAUGAUGGAUUUGUCAUUUAAGUAUAGGAUAUGCCCUCAGUAUAUGUGCAAGUUCAUACCAAGAACUACCAUAAUUGGCUGACAUAGGUAAGAGGUCUUGUCAUCACUUGUGUAUGUAGGGUAUAGCCUCACAACCUUAUACUGUAAGUGUGUAUGUUUGGCUUGUCCUCAGUUUCAUACCCUUGUUGGUAUUUCCCAGCAAAUGACACUUAACUCUAUCAUAUACAGUAUUACCUAUAUUCAGCCUGUUGUGCAAGCUUCAUACUAUAUUGGACAAUACGCUUUCCCAGCUUGUGAAUAUGUACCAUUCCCACUAAGUGCUUGUUUUGAUUCUAUUUCUUUUUUGUAUAGACUUACUUGAUGUAAUAUAUAGAAAUUAUAAAUGAUGAAAUUCUUGGAUGUUGAUGCAUUUAGGUUGAGGAACAUGUUCUGGAUUGCUUGACUCAUAUGUUAUUGCUCUUGAAAAGAGACUAGUAGGUAUAAAAGAGGAUAUACUUAUAGUUCUAUAGGAACUGGAAAAUAAUUGGCCAAGUAGAAUUCAAAAGGGUAUUUCCAUAAUUUGAUUUUGAAGAUAAAAGGGGAAUCGAUAUUUAAAGAACAGUCAUAAUAUUGUCUUUGGCAUAAUAAUGUGCUCCAGUAAGUUUAUUUGAAUAACCCUAUGGUGAAAUUUGGAGGUAUUCAAAUAAUGUGAUCAUUGUUAUGAUGAGAAUCAUUUGCAGAGUAAUCAAUCAAUACACCAAAAAUAUUUUACUAGUUGGUAUUAUGUUUUUAAGAAAUAUAUGUGUUUACAUCAUUAAUAUGGUGUUUGUACAUGAAUAUAACACAAUGAGCUAUUUAAAGAUCAUUGGCAUCAAUUGAAUAUUAAGUAAAAUACUUUUGAUGGUUUAAAUGCAAUUACCCAUGCCAUUUUCAAGCAUAGAUGCUAUUUAAUUUGAGAUUUAAAGAAUUGGUGCUACUCUAUUUCUUUCUUACUUGCUAAUAAAUGUCUUAUAACAUCUCUGCCAUAGUGUUAAUUUCAUGAUGACUUUACCUCCUAUGUUUUGCAACUAAAUUUUGUUUGAAGGUAAAUCAUGUUAUGUUUAUGUUUGCCUUUGUUCUUGCCUAUGUUUGCACUUUGUUAACAAGCAGGUUUUUUUUUCUUCAUUUGAUUUCUUAUAGAUUCAAGAGGUGUUGGCUUUUUAAAAAAUAUUACCCUUAUAUGUCAUUGUUAUACUAGUUAUGUUCUUUCUUUCCUAUGGAGAUAUAAAUGCAAUAGAGCAAGUUUAGUUUGAGAUCAUUAAUUAAUACUACAAAGAGAUGUAGACUUUAAUUUAAGGUCAAUGGUGAGAACAGUUUAACACAUGCAGGUUAUAAGUGUGAAGAGUAUAGCCUUGAUAAUUCUUGGCGCAACAUAGCCCCCGCAACAAAGAUCACCAAGAGUUUUAGCAUUAGACAUGAACAGACAACAUUGCCCAACAUGUCAGCACACAUAUAUAUCAGUUAAAAUAACUAGAAAUUAUCAUAAUCAUUCUUAAGUUAAGAAAUUUUUGUCCAAAAUGACCCAGACAAAGUUAUGACCUCAUAUUCUACGCUUACAGCUUUUCACAGCCAGGAGAGAUGAAGAAAAAUUAUUUUGCCUGUUACAAUUCUGUUUCCUUAUAUCCCAUUGAGAUUGUACACAAUAUGUUUCCUUAUAUCCCAUUGAGAUUGUACACAAUAUGUUGCUGGGCUUUGCUAUACCAUGUAUGAACAGAGAUGGCUAUGCUAGUUAUAGGCAUGUACGUAUAUGUGUAUACUAAUGGAAUUAUUGAACAAAUGGUUUUAAUUCAUCCUAAAGUUCUCUAAUUACGCAUACCACUUGCUCACUUAUCAGUUUGUUUUGAUUAUGGAGAUCCUCAUAUCUUACUAAUAUGAUUCUUAUUCUAAACCAAUGAUGUGUAGGAUUCAUGUAUUGAGGUCUAUGUUUCAUAAGAGUUAUGAAUCAACUAUUAUAAAGCAAGGACCAAAUCUUGUAAACUUCUCAUCAACCUUAAGUGCUAGAAUUCUGUCAGCAUAUGCUCUCAGCAAAUCAUACAACACCAUUUCAAUUGAUUAUAAAAAUAAGCUUGUAACCUGUCAUUUACAGCAAUUUUUCUGAAUCAAAGAGAUCACUUGAACUUAUUUUAGAUGAGGCUUUAAUGAUUUUAGAAUGUGUCUAAUACUGUAUUCUUUCAUUAUACUCACUCAGAAUCACCAAAAUAAAUGUUGAUCUGCUCUGAGUAUAUUUCUCUCUUGCCUGGAUGUAUGAGACAAGCACAUGUAAUGACCAGUAGUUUGGCAUUUUUUUUUUUAAUACAAAAUCCAGGGUUCCAUUUUUUAAAGCCAUUUCAUUGUUUAAACAGGGUAAUAUAGCUACGUAGCACAUUUGUUUUUAAUGUUACCUUUAUAUGUUGAUGAUUUCAUGAAGAUUGUGUUCAUGCUUAUUUGUGCCCUGUUGAUAUUUAUUAAUCUAUGAAUAUUCAGUGUCAUUCCCAUGGCUUUAGAGAUUAUAUUAUUUUAUCAAAAAAAGUAAAAUAAAAUAUGUAUAACAAAAGAUGGACAGCUGUUUAAGUCUGUAAGUUUUAUUCCUCUCAUGGGUCAUUAUCCAUGUUAAACAAAAUAAAACUAAGAAACUCUUCUAUAUGUGAAAUGUGAAAAGGGUUGUAUUUUCUUUAGAAUAGUAUAAAUGUACUUUACUGCAUAAUGCCUUUGAUACCUUCAAAGCUAUUUUCACUUUAUGUUGGGUAUAUAUGUGAGGCACUUGGCUUCAUUUGUGUAAUUUGCUUCCAUGAAAUCAUAUAAUUGUGUGCUUUUUACAAUGCCAGUAGCUUACAUGUACCUAAAUCAUCCUUAUCAAUUACCCGCAGUCACUAUUAGCAGACUCUUUGUACGGCAGCUGUACAGAAAUAUAUUUCAAAGUGAUGAUUCUCUCUGUGUUGUGAAUGAUAAUCAUGAGAAGACGAUGUGCUGUACAGAAUAAGAUGCUAAGUUUUGUAAUCUUAUUGUAGAUUUGAGGUGCCAAACCAGAGUUAUAUUUGUACAGUUUAAUAAGCCAUCAGCUUUAUCUACGUCAUCUUAUACCAAUUGGUCUAUUCUCAGUUAGUCCGACAUCACUAUGUCUAAACUCAUAGUAUGUUAUUCUCAUGAUAUUAUAACAUGAACUCUAUGUUACCUUAGACCACACAUAUGGAGUGCGAAACCACUGUUUUCUUAAAAUCCAAACUGUUCUAUUCCUGCAGUGUAAAAUUUAACAACAUAUAUUUAUGAAGAAAUUAAACAAAAUAAAAAGAGUAGAAAUCAAUUUUCAUUAAUUCUAUAGUGCAUUCAAGUUUCAUUGAUAGGAUUGAAAAACAUGAAACCAUUCCAUUCUAUUGAAGUGUGGACUAAACGUUUUGAUUGUCUACUGUAGGUCCCAUUUCUUCUUGGUCUAAUACCUAGUUGGUAAACCACACACCUUACGACUUGUGGGUAAUUUGAAUUUUGAACAAAUGGUAUUUCGGAAUGUAUAAACAAUUAAAUCAUCUGAUGUGAUGUUUAAAGUAUCUUUAAGAAAGCAAACCCCCCAAAAAAAAUCAAACUUAAGAAAUUGCAAGCCAUCAGGUGUGAGUAAAGUCAAAAUUGCAUUCGAAUUGUAGCUAAUCAUAUGAUUGCUUUGAUAUCACAAUUAGGAAUUAGAUUUAAUUUUAUAUCUAAAAUGAGGAUAUAAAUAUGCAAGUCAAGUGUUGAUAUGAAGUUAAGAGAGUUGAAUCUUCAAUAUUUCAAUGUACUCAUCAAAUUUGGUAUCAUUUCAUUCUAAAAUUUGGUUGCAGACCAGUCAUAAGGUGUGUGUUGCUUUGAUUUUCAACUGGUGUAAGUAAUAAUAAUAAUGGUAUAUUUACCCAGGGUAGCCACUUCAGUUCUGAAAACAGUUCUCCCAGCAGGCCCAAAUUCCUCCAUUUUGUCUAAUAACCAAUUGGUUUAUUACCAUUUCAUCUAGUCAGAUAGACUACUAGUAUGUGGUGUUAGACCAAGUAGAUAUUAGCCAAAAUGAGUAAAGCCUACCUUGAGAUUAUAUGAAAUGGUUUAUCUUGGCUAUUAGACCAAGUUGUUAUUACAUAUAUCUAUUUGUUGAAGUCAUGUGAUAUGAGACAAACCGGACAUUAGAGAAAGUGCAAUUAGACCAAGUGGUAAUUCACUCUACUAUUUUGCAAACUUUCAGACACUACCCCAAACACAUUAUAGUCUUAUUAACCUCAGUCAAUGUGCAAGAAAGAUGACAUGCCAUUCUACAUACUUAUUGAAGGCAUUGAAAAUUAUACAAAGAGGCUGUUUGAUCCAACAUAUUUUGUAACAAUAUAGAGUUAAGUUAAAACCUAUUAAUACUAUGCAUCUAUCUAUACAUUCUUGUGACAUGAUCAGUAGAUAAGGUAACAUAGGUUGCAGGGGGAGGGUAUCCACCUAUUGAAAGGACAAAUUACAUUUAAAGAUCUGGAUAAUGUCACUAGCAAUUAAUCGGGGGGGGGGGGGUAAUAAAUUUAACCUCAAGAUAAUCAUAUCAAAGCAUGUUUUUUAAGAUGAAAGUGAAUAUUUGAUAGCAUAUUUCUCUAAAUUUCUUGAGAAACUUGUGGUUAUAAUCAUGAGGACAUGUGAUGAAAUAACUUUUAAGAAUUUUGUGAAAGAUAUGUAUUGAUGAUGCCUUAUCAGUGUGCAUCGCAUAUAUAAAUACCUUCAUCCUUACAUUGUAUAAGGUAUUUGAUGGCAUUUGCCAUAUUAAAAACAUUGAAACAGUGUUGCUUUGUAAAGUUACAUUUUAUCUUGCUUGAUAAGUCUUGUGAAGAAGCAAAUUUAAAAUUACUGGCCCAUAAGAUAUAAUGUAAAUUGGGCUGCUAAAUUUAUUGUAUGUGAUUGUCAUUUUUUUAGCACGAUGUGGCUGUCUUUAUAUAUGCUUCACAAAGAAAUAAAUGGAACAGUAUAUAAAUAUUGAA